ACAAGUGAUCCUUUCACUAGAUGAAUUGAAGACGGAAACCAAAAUUUAGUUUCUACAAUCACUAGUGUAGCAUAUUUUACAGUGCAACUGGCGGCUGUUGCUCUAUUUGUCUAUAAGAGGUUGAAGGAGUUUCAUUGAAUCGUCAUGAACAUUUAUGUUUUACUGAGUGAGUGCUCUUUGGACAAUGAUGUCUCAUCUAUGACAACAGCACGUGAGCUCUUACACAGGAAGUUUGACAGGGGAGGGGCUUGGAAUGGCAAAUUGACUAGACUGUACCCACCCCGGAUGUGAGGGUGUGUGAGGAGGAGUAUAUAAGAGCAAGCUCACCAGCUCACUUCAUCAGUAUCGAGGAUAUCGGUCAUCAUCAUGUUUUCAUUUUUUGUGACAGUUCUGGUGCUCAUUCAAGUCAUUGCUACUUCUGGUGGUCAAAGUGUGUCGGAUGAGAGAAAUCAGCAGACGUGUGUGUCUGCUGGUGUUCCUGGAGUACCUGGAUCACCUGGAGUAAAUGGAUCACCCGGACGAGAUGGAAUGAAAGGAGAAAAAGGAAUGAAUGGAGAGAAAGGAUUAGUGGGAGAUGAUGGUCGACAAGGAAUAAAAGGAGAAGGAAGGAAAGGAGAGAAAGGGAUAAAGGGGGAGAGAGGAUUGGUUGGAGAUGUCGGUGGUAAAGGUAAUGCUGGGAAGAUAGGUCCACAAGGCCCAGAAGGUCCACAAGGUCUACAAGGGAUAAAAGGAGGAACAGGAAGGAAAGGAGAGAAAGGAGAAGCUAUGACACUCAACUGGAAACAGUGUGUGUGGUAUAGAGAUGAUGGUAAGGACAGCGGUCUGAUUCAGAACUGUAAUUUUAGGAAACAUGACAGCAAUUCAGCUCUACAUGUUGGAUAUGCAGGAACUCUCAGGGUUUACUGCUCCAGUAGUGAGUGUUGUUCUCGAUGGUAUUUUACAUUCAACGGUAACGAGUGCAGUGGACCUAUGACUAUUGAGGGAGCUGUGUAUGGUAGUCCAGCUAAUGAUAAUCCUCACCGUCACAGACAGAUUGAGGGAUACUGUGAGAACAUUCCAUCAGGCCAAGUCACAAUUGGAUUCAACAUUGGAAAGUGUAAGGGAUACUCGACGACUUAUGAUGGCUAUACAGGACAUCUUUCAGUAUCUCGCAUUAUGAUUGCAGAAGUUCCUCCAUCACAAAAGUGACUGAAUUAGAGAGGAAUUAGAACUUGUGUUCAGUAGAGUUUGCAGUAGGUACAAUACAAGGUUGCUGAAAUAGGAGAAUGGAUGGUGUGCAUGUUUGUCUCUCUUGCUGCAUGUCAGUGUAUGUAUGUAUGGUAAUUGAAAGUGUAGCUGCAACUAACAAUCAAUA